GUUGCGCCCUGCGUAACUGGAACUCAGCUCUAUGUCUUUGGGGAAAGGGUCAGGGAAGGACCUGGGCCCCUUCCAUCCCUCCCCCUUCUGCCACCCUCUUCUUCCGCAAACCUCCCCCCAAGCACCGUGCCAGCUCAGAGUAGGAACUAACUCCGAGUAGAGAAGGAAAGAGGAAUUCAUGCCUUCCUCCCUUCCUCCCUUCCAGGCUAGACUGGAAGCGCUUUGGGGGCACCUUGUACUUUUGUGUAUCCCAACGAUUCCCACUCAGUAGAGGCUCAGUUAAUGGAUAUCGAUUGAUGCUAUCCGUGCGAGUUUGCGCUUCAACCCCAGCUCUCCCUGCAGAAUCUAUGGCUUCUGGUGCUGUGACUUAAAGAAUAAAAAUGGCAAAGGGCGGCGUUCAUGAGCUGUCUCCACUCGGAUUGUAAACACACUCUCUGAUGACAACUCCAGACUGUAGCCCUGGGGCCACCAAGGGGCAGCUGGCACGUCACCAUUUGUGCAUCUUGGGCCAGGCUGAUGCCACUUUUAGGAAGAAUGACUUAUUGUUUUUGUUUCCCUCCAAAGACAUUAAACAUGAACCAAAUAGCAGAUGAGAUGAUUCACUGGAAGUCUUCUUCCAAGUUUCAAAAAACACACACAAAAAAUGGGGGUUGCUGUGCUGAACCACGUGUAAGCGAAGCCAGGCAGCCCUGGGCUGUUGCCCUCCCUGCAGGGGCUCUGCUGUGGGCAGCACCUCGCCGGGGGGGGGGGGGGGGACCUUGCCCCGAGGCCAGAGCCCUGUGUCAACAGGCACAAAACCCCGGGGGGCCACGUGUCUCAAAAGCACCUCCAGUCUAAUGUUACUAAUGACGUCUCUUCUGUGUCUACCGAGGUUAUCUUAGCGCGUGACCAAACCUCAUUCGUCUGGGCCACCGGAACUCAAAAUUUGGAAAGGGUUCAUUUGGGGCCCAUGGAUUGAGAACUGAGUCAUCCCUCGGGCAGGGACCUGGCAGAGAUUAGCGUUCUGCCACCGGCUGAGAAGAGAGGGAACGGGUCUGCCAACCUGGUUCCCGGGGAGAGGGGCACACUCCAGCCGAGCGGGCAGCCUCUCCGGUGCUGUGGAGACCUCCGCUGCGGGUAGGCUCCCAGACGCUUUUCAGGAUGGAACGUGUCUGGGGGCCACGUUGUCCAAACUCAUGUUUUCAAGGUGUCGCCGCCGGCUGUCAUGGGCAAGCAGAACAGCAAGCUGCGGCCUGAGGUGCUGCAGGACCUGCGGGAGAACACGGAGUUCACGGACCAUGAGCUGCAGGAGUGGUACAAGGGCUUCCUCAAGGACUGCCCCACCGGCCACCUGACCGUGGACGAGUUCAAGAAGAUCUACGCCAACUUCUUCCCCUACGGCGACGCCUCCAAGUUCGCCGAGCACGUCUUCCGCACCUUCGACACCAACGGCGACGGCACCAUCGACUUCAGGGAGUUCAUCAUCGCACUGAGUGUGACCUCGCGGGGCAAGCUGGAGCAGAAGCUCAAGUGGGCCUUCAGCAUGUACGACCUGGACGGCAACGGCUACAUCAGCCGCAGCGAGAUGCUGGAGAUCGUGCAGGCUAUAUACAAAAUGGUGUCCUCCGUGAUGAAGAUGCCGGAGGAUGAGUCCACGCCCGAGAAACGGACAGACAAGAUCUUCAGGCAGAUGGACACCAACAAUGACGGCAAACUGUCCCUGGAAGAAUUCAUUAAAGGUGCCAAGAGUGACCCAUCCAUCGUCCGGUUGUUACAGUGUGACCCCAGCAGCGCGAGUCAAUUCUAAGGGGUCGGCAUCUGGACAGUGCAGAGAAACACAGGCUUGUCUUGCCAUUUAAGCUUUGCUUGCAAAAGUGGAUGCCUCCUCAGUCAUUCCUGCUCUCCUGGAGCGGCCAGGCGACACACACCUGCUCGCUCGGCGGCCGCGCCUCUCUCCUCACCUGGCCUUCUCCCACCCCCUCCCCGGUCCCUCCAGGGCGACUCCCAGGGGUGUGUUUACACGCAGGGCUCACGGUGUCCUCGCUUCUGGGGCACCUCCCCGCCUGCAGGGAGUCCAGAGGACACGCCGAGGAUCCCAAUGGGACUUUCUAAGAUCGCGCCAAGGCCAGCUGAUUGAUUUUGUGAUUGCAGGUGACUCCAUGGGAAAGAUGGGGACAAGAACGGAGGGAGAAUAGACGGGCAAGCCCUCCCCGUGCAUGGCUCCACCCAGCUCGUUCGUUUUCUCUGACCAAAGCCGCUUGCACGUAUAUAUACUGUGGUCUCCUUUCUUUUAAUAUAUAAGUUAUACAUACGGUGAAGUGAAAUGUAAUGUGUAGGUCCUAUAUUUAAUGCCUCGAUCGCCUUUGAAGCGUGGUUCCCUCGUGGCCUGUGGUCCCUCUGAGCCUGGUUCUUUUGUGGUAUGAUGCCCUCAAUCUGCCCUUUUUCGAAAGGACAUGCAUGCGUGCCCAGGGCUGUGGAGACCCUUCCGCCCACCUAGUGAACGCAGGCAUCUCUGUAAGGUUUGUCCUCCUUGUUGAUUGGUCUGGCAUUUCCUGUAUUAAAAUGAUCAAAUAAA